UUCUUAAACUUGCGGAACCGCUGGCGGUUCUUCUUAUUUUCCAUAUACAACACUAGUCUUCUCUCGUCCUCUCUGACUAGCGAAAUAUUAUGUGUCAAUUUUCGGCCUUUCGAAACUACCUCGGAAUCCUCUGUGUUAUGAUAAUAGCAAUCACCCUUCCAGUUACCUCUGCAUGUCCCGUUACGGUUCUUCAGUCAACUUUGAAUGUCCGUGGUCACUCUCUCGAGCCGAUUUCUCCUUCGCUUUACGGCCGCGCCGCUUCCGGAAGAAGUUGGAAUAAAUCUGUUCUUCGAAUUCUUGGAGGGAAAGGCGUAAGGAUCCCAAAAACUUGCGUACAAGCUAAACCGAAGACUGACCCUUCGGAUGGGGAGCUGAUGGGCUUUGGAUUUACCCAUUCAUCCAACGGGCAUUUAGCUAAGGAGGAAGGACAGCUCUCGGAUUUCUAUCUUUCCAGGCCUAAGGGCCAAUAUUAUGACGACCUCGUCCUAUACCGAAGGCCUGUUCUGCCAAACCGAAAUCCGGUUGCAGAUCCACAGGUGAGGACUGGAAUAACGGCAUUUGCUAUAGACAGCCCAUCUCACAACUUUUCAGAAAUUUUGGAAGCUCCAGUGUGUUGUUUAUGCAGAUAGGAAGCAGAUAGACAUCAUCAAGCCUCAAAAGACGGUUCUUGACGACAAACCAUCGACAUCAUUAGCUUCCAAUUUCAUUGCCUACUACA